AUGUGUUGCAACUGCCACAGCAACUCCUGUGGCUAUGGCUGUGGAAACAGCUAUGGCUGUGGAUUUAGCCCCUAUUAUGGCUGUGGAUAUGACUGUGGCUAUGGAACCAGAUAUGGCUGUGGUUAUGGCUGUGGCUAUGGAACAAGAUAUGACUGUGGAUAUGGCUCUUACUAUGGCUGUGGAUAUGGCUCUGGUACUGGCUACUGCAGCUACUGGCCAGUUUGCUAUAGGAGAUGUUAUUCUUCUUGCUACUAG